AUGCCCUCCAGUGAGCCUCAUCCCCCGUACCACCUUCAGCACCACAACAUUCCUCCCUCGCAUCUACAGCAGCACACGCAGAGCGCGAUCGAGCAUCAGUUCUUUCAGUUGGUGGCGGCGCAUCAACAGCAACAGCAACAGCGACAGCAGCAACACGGCGGACCCUUCCAAAAUUCCACGUACGCGCAGCAGAAGCAGGAGAUGAGCCCGGAGGAGGAGGGGGGCCGAGUGGGUGGGUCCCCCCCUGCGGCUGGGGCUGCACUUCAUCAGCCCCAUCACCCCCGCACGGCUAGUCCACCUUCGGGCACAGAACCCUGCACCCGCGACGCAAUACCAACACCUACACCCAUCUCUGAUACAACUACCACCACGACGACUAUGACGAUGCAGUCACAGAGUCAGCAGCAACAGCAGCAACAUGGUCCUAGCCCGAGUCCGAGCCCGACGGGCGGCGACGUGGAAAAGUUCGACGGUAAAAUCGUUUAUAACCCGGACGGGUCGGCCUAUAUCAUCGAAGGCGAAAGCGAAGGACUCAGCGAUGACGACUCUCUACCCGAUGGUUGUAUCAUAGAUGGGCGCGGUUGUUCGGUUCCUCACUCUUUAGUUUUCCCGCAAAUCGCGAACGCAUACUACGUAUCGCGGUUAUACGCGCAUCAGGCCUACCAGCAGCAACAGCAACAACAGCGCUCGACGUCCCAACAGCACAAUCCCGAUCUUCCCGUGAUGCACAGUUAUCGGGUGAUCAGUUACAGGAGCGCGGAGGGUAGUAAACAGCCUCCUCCAGCGCCCACAGUACCGCCGCCGCCUGCCGCGUCGGUCCCCGUCAAACCUAUCCUAAUGUGUUUCAUAUGCAAGCUCAGUUUUGGAUACGCGAAAAGUUUCGUCGCGCAUGCCCAGGGCGAGCAUCAACUUACCCUAAUGGAAGACGAACGACAGAUACUCUCUCACUCGACGGCGUCGGCUAUUAUACAGGCCGUGGGUAGAGGAAAGCAGCCGCUCGUCAGUUUCCUAGAACCUGUCACGAGCUCGACCUGCGCUCAGUCGCCCGCGCAGAUAAAGGCUCAACAACAGCAGCAACGCAGCGAGACCAACGAACACGAGACAACGCCGACCACAACGAGCACACCGGCGAGCACACCCGGCGUACCUAGUAGUCCCCAACAGCAACAGCAGCAACAACAGCAAUCGCAACAGACGCAACAACAGCAGCGACCCUCGCCGAGCACUCCCACCACGCCCACGUCACACUCGAAUCAUCCUCUCACGUACAAUCAUCAACAGCAGCAUCCCUGGACCGGCGCGCAAGUGAGCGCCGCGUCCUGGGCCAAAGCUCCUGACGCCAUGCAUUACAGCUCACCGCCACCGCCAACUUCGUCCACCAAAGGAUCUCCGUCUUCGUACGCCGCUCUCACUCAGGCUCCACCGAACUUUCUGACCGGCACCACGAUAGGUGUCUGUCCCGAACACAUGCAAGGUAGACCAAGUGGAGUGGAAUGCCCGAAGUGCGAGCUCAUAUUGACGAGCAGUCGACUCGCCGGUCCCGGCGGACCACUCGCCGGGAUACACAGUCGAAACUCCUGCAAAACCCUGAAGUGUCCCAAGUGCAACUGGCACUACAAGUAUCAAGAGACUCUCGAGAUACACAUGAAAGAAAAACAUCCGGAGAGCGAGACGUCCUGUUUUUAUUGCAAUGCAGGUCAGCCUCAUCCCAGGUUAGCGCGUGGCGAAACCUACACCUGUGGCUACAAGCCAUACAGGUGCGAAGUGUGCAAUUAUUCCACCACGACGAAAGGUAAUCUCAGCAUACACAUGCAGAGCGAUAAGCAUCUGAACAACAUGCAGGAACUGCAGCAGGGAGGCGGGGGUGCUUCCGGUACCAGCAAUCCUUCCUCGUCUCAGGACGCGCCAAUGCCGACAAGGAGUCCCCACCAUCAGCAGAAUCACAGCCCACACCGGGCCGCUCAGAGCGGCAAUCAGAGCAAGCCGAAGCUCUCGUUUCGCUGCGACAUAUGCAACUACGAGACAAACGUUGCGCGCAAUCUGAGGAUACACAUGACGAGUGAAAAGCAUACGCACAACUCGAUGGUGCUGCACCAGAACAUCAAGCACAUGCAGACAUUGUCCGCGUUGUCCCACCAUCAACAGGCGCAGCACCACCAUCAGCAACAGCAGCAACAACAACUCGAGCAUUUGCUCCACUUAGGCGGCUUGGACAAACCGCAACCCACAGAAGCGGCAUUGGCCGACUUAGCUUACAAUCAAGCGGUCUUGAUGACAAUGAUGACCGGCGGUCAAAUGCCGCAGUUUCCGCCAGAACUUAUAGGCUCCAUAGCGAGCGCUGCUGCCAUGACCAAUCUGGGUGUUGGUGACGUUGGACUUUCACCGGACAGUAUGGAACCGCCACCGGAACCUCCGGAUCAGGAUCCCAGCCAUUUGUAUCAAUGCUGCAUCUGCAAUAACUUCGCGACGGACUCGCUCGAGGCUCUGAGUCACCAUCUAGCCGUCGACAGAACCCGGACCCGCGAGAACGAUAUACUCGCGGUGAUGAACGCAAACUUUGUCUGCACACUCUGUUCCUAUAAAACCAACCUGAAGGCAAAUUUCCAGUUGCACUGUAAGACUGACAAGCACCUGCAGCGGCUGCAGCACAUGAACCACGUGAAGGAGGGUGGCCCGCGUAACGAAUGGAAGCUCAAAUACCUGGCGUCGCCCACGAGCGCCGCGCAAUUGCGCUGCCACGCGUGCGACUACUACACCAACAGUGCUCACAAACUGGCCCUGCACGCCGCCCUGCCGAGGCACGAGGCCGCGUCCCUUCUGCUCCGUCAUCUGCUCGAAGCGAGCAGCAACAUCCAGACCCCCGGAAAAUUGUAUCAUUGCGUGAUAUGCGGGUACAGCACCAGGCACCGAUUGCCGCUGCUGCAGCACGUGAGAUCGCUGCGGCACCUUCACAUGGAACAGAUACAUCACAUUCACAGGAGAGGCACCCUCGCGGGAAACGAGUCCCCGCACACGGAUAUCAGCGUCGUGUUUCAAGUGACUAGUGAUCCCGAUGUGCCGCCCACGCAACAGCCCAGUCCGACCACGCCAACGACGCCCAACGCUACGAGCACCAACAAUGAACGACGAGAGGAAGGUAGUGAUUGCGGUAGUGAAGUGAAACAAGAGCCGGACAAUGAUCCAGAGCCGGAAGCCGAGCCCGAGAAUGACCAAGAAGAAAUUACGUGCCUAUACUGUACGUAUCAGCCGACGUCGCGGGAAGAGUUACGGCAGCAUUUGCAAGUGGCUCACGUUCAAGAUUCGGAGGAGAAAACUGAAGCGGUAAAGGAAGAGCCGGCGGAAUUGUUGUGCCCGUUGUGCCAAGAUAAUUUCAAGGAACGUCCCGCCCUGGAGAAGCACGUGAUGCAAAUUCACUCCGUUAAUACCGACGGUCUGCAGAGGCUACUGUUAUUGGUGGAUCAAAGCCAUUGGCUGAACAACAAUAGGAAUUCCUCGACGCCGGCUGUCACCGUAACGACGCCGACGUCGCCCACGACGACGACGAAGAUCCAUCAGGAAGAAGAGAUGAGCGAACAGGGUGGUAAUGAUGAUAUCAUGGAGAUAUACAGGUGUAACGUGUGCAACCGAGUUUGGCGCUCCAUCGAGGAACUUCAACAACAUCAGCGGGAAGCUCAUCCGACUCUCACCACUUUGGCGGUCAGCGAGAAACAUGUUUACAAGUAUCGGUGCGUGCAGUGCAGCCUCGCGUUCAAAACCUUGGAGAAACUUCAGCAACACUCUCAGUAUCACGCUAUUAGAGAUGCAACUAAAUGCGCCCUGUGCGGACGAUCUUUUCGCUCAGUCCAAGCCCUUCAGAGACAUUUGGAAUCCACUCACGAUCUCCACGAGGAAGAGAUGAAUCAGUAUAAGCAGAGUUUGCUCCAGCAUCCUCUUCUUCAAGCGCUCACGGAAGAAACACUGAAGAGACAAGUCGGCCUGGCGAGCGAGCUGCAUGUGGAAGAUGACGCUGGUAGAGGCGACGAGGAGGAAAGUGAUGCCAGCGAUCAGCCGUCCCCGUUGCAGAAGGAACAACGAUUACUGGAAGAUUAUCUAAACAGCCAAACGAUCGCUGAGGAUUCCUAUCAAGAUCCAAGUCGGAAAUUCAAGUGUCACCGGUGCAAGGUGGCCUUCACGCGUCAGAGCUAUUUGACGGGCCACAACAAGACCCUGUUGCACCGUAAGGGUGAAAAAAUGUCUUAUCCCAUGGAGAAAUAUCUGGAUCCCAACAGGCCGUAUAAGUGCGACGUUUGCAAGGAGAGCUUCACGCAGAAGAACAUACUUCUGGUGCACUACAACAGCGUGAGUCAUUUGCACAAGUUGAAGCGAGCGAUGCAGGAGCAAGGUAACAACAACACAUUGAUCUCCGUCGUACCUCCCGCUAGCCCGACUGAAUCGCCCGACUCUCAGCAAGAUCAAGACAAGAAACCGUAUAAGUGCAACAUCUGUAAGGUCGCUUAUUCUCAGGGCAGCACUUUGGACAUCCAUAUGAGAAGUGUUCUUCAUCAAACGCGUGCCAGUAAACUGCAGGACCUCGCCGCCAGCGGCCAGUUAGAUCUCGCUCGACCGUUGAUCGAACAGCCGCCGCUGAGCCCGAACAGUCCGCCCGGCAACACGAACACGAGUACGGGAGGGAUGCUCUCCUGUGCGCGCUGCAACAGUAUGUUCGUCAAUCAAGAUCAGCUCACGGCGCAUCAGCAACUGUGCAACAUCUUGAACAAUCCGGCAUUGGCGUUGUUUCAACAGUUUGCUGCGUCGCAACAAUUGGCUUCGUCCGCCCCGACUAAGACGCCACCUCCGACAUCUACGACACCAGGGCCGCAACAGCACAUGCAAUCAACCACGCAGCACGCAUCGCAGACCACGCAGGAUAUUCUCUCCCAGCCACGGCAUAAGACCUCGCACAUAUACAAGCAUCUGUUGGAGAGUUUCGGAUUUGAUCUCGUCAUGCAGUUCAAUGAGAAUCACCAAAGACGACAGCGCAAGGAGGAGGAAGCGGCCGCCGCCCUUCAAGCGCAGCAAGAGCAGCAGAAGCAGGAACAGCAGAAGCAAGCUCUCGCUGCUCAAGCCAUGCAGGAGAAGGAGGAGGAAGCCGAAGAGGCUCAUAUUGAUGACGAUGUGAUACCCGAACUUACGCGCAGCACUUGCCAGCACUGCAAUAAGGAUUUCAGCAGCGUUUGGGUCCUGAAGGCGCACUGUGAGGAGGUUCAUCGCGAUCUCGUGCCGCGCGAGUUUCUCGAGAAGUAUGCGCAGCAGUUCAAGUGCGAGUACGAGAAGAAAAGUGUCGUGGUGACCGUCGCGACGUCCUCGUCCACCACGACGGCGCCGAGAAGCUCAACGCCCGCCGCCGGACAGCCUCAAGAUCUCAGCUCCGACAAAGAAUCUCGUGAAAAGGAGAAGGAAGAUAACACCGAGAGCAAAGAAUGUAUCAGCCGAACACCGGAAGCUACGUCUACUACUCCAGCGACCACUCCGGCGUUGAGCAACACGCCAGUUUCAAGCACGGAUUCUAUGACGCCGACUGUGCUGUCUACUAAUCCGCAGCACCAUAUUUCACAACAGCAGCAGCAACAGCUACAGCAGCAGCAGCAGCAGCAACAACAACAACAACAACAACAGCAGCAGCAGCAGCAGCAAACUCAAAUGUCACUUGCGCAACAGAUGACCGAAAUGCACGCUGCUCUAAAUGCUGCAAUGGCUGCAUCCCAGCUGCAGCAGUUACAACAAUAUCCUGGAUUAAUGAUGGGAAUGAUGGGAUUACCAUUGGGCUUAAAUGUACCCGCCUUAGCUGCCAUGAAUCUGCAACCGCCUCUAGUGCCAAUGAUGCUACCGCCACCACCGUAUGAUGGUGCCGCUGCUGCAUAUCCAUCGAUUAAUCAAGCAGAUCUUCUUGCCAAACAACAUCUUGCCUUGCAACAACAACAGGCAGCAGCAGCCGCAAAUGCUGCUGCAUCGCAGAAACGAGCGCGUACGCGUAUCACUGACGAACAACUAAAAAUACUGCGAGCACAUUUCGACAUUAAUAAUUCCCCUGGUGAAGAGCAAAUCCUAGACAUGGCCGCUCAGAGCGGUCUUCCGCCCAAAGUCAUAAAACAUUGGUUCCGAAAUACGUUAUUUAAAGAACGGCAGCGUAACAAAGACAGUCCUUACAAUUUCAAUAAUCCGCCAAGUACCACUCUAAAUCUCGAGGAGUACGAGAAAACCGGCGAGGCGAAGGUAACUCCGUUAAAUUCAAGCGUAUCCGGUAGCAGUUCCUCCGACGAUAAGAGCCCAAAUAAGCAAGCCACGCCUCCACCGCAAAACACCAGCGCGUCUCAAGCCGAGAUUAAGCAGGAGGCUCUUGAACAGUCGCAGUGUCAACAGCAGCAGCAAACUGUGCAACAUCAAGAGGACCAGCAGCAUCACUCGCCCGGUAGCUCGGGCGGACAACAAUCCCGACCGCAUUCACCCGCGCUCAGUAUGAGUUCCGUAUUCUCGGCCAUCCAUCACGACAUCUCUUCCCAUCCCCCGUCGACCACGAACGCCUCGAGCGCCCCGAUGCUGCCGCCGAAAUUGGCCUCCCAAAACUUUGCCAAUCCCACUCCGGGUGCCGGUGGCGUAGUGCCGAGCGCGAUCGCCGCAAUGGCGCUCACACCGCAGAGGUCCUUGAGCCCGGGUCGCGGACCGACCGACUACUUUGGUGGCAGUAAUAACGGCAGUACCUCCAGCGGCAGUUCCGGUAAACGCGCCAAUCGCACCAGAUUCACGGACUACCAAAUAAAAGUCCUCCAGGAAUUUUUCGAGAACAACGCUUAUCCGAAAGACGACGACUUGGAGUACCUCAGCAAACUCCUUGGUUUGAGCCCGCGCGUGAUCGUGGUGUGGUUUCAAAAUGCUAGACAGAAAGCACGUAAGGUCUACGAGAAUCAACCCGCCGCCGAACCAGUGGCAACGGGCGGACGCGAAAGCGACGAUGGCUCUGGUAGAUUUCAGAGGACACCAGGUUUGAACUACCAAUGCAAAAAGUGCCUGCUAGUAUUUCAGAGAUAUUAUGAGCUUAUCCGUCAUCAGAAGACUCACUGUUUCAAAGAGGAGGACGCCAAGAGGAGCGCGCAAGCACAGGCCGCGGCGGCUCAGGUCGCUGCGGUUCUGAGCUCCGAAGAUAGCAACAGCAGCUCCACGACGACUACAAACAACACGGUAGCCAACAAUCCGACGACUGCGCCCGCGCUCACCGAACAGCUGCAACAACCAUUAAGCACCGCUUCGUCACCUCUCCAACAACAAACCCUGUCUCUGACGCAACAACAAUCUCAAUCGUCGCAACAGCAGCAGCAGCAGCAGCAGCAGCAGCAACAGCAGCAGCAGUCGCAAACAGAGUCGAAGGAAGGUAGCUUUCAGUGUGACAAAUGCAACCUAAUGUUCGGUCGAUUCGAACUUUGGCGCGAACAUCAGUUAAUACAUAUCAUGAACCCGACCUUGUUCCCCUCAGCGUAUCCACCUGAUUCACCCUUCGGAAUUUUGCAACAGCAAGCACUAACUAACGCUAGCCAGGUUGGAGUCGCAACGGACACUCCGCAUUCGCUCAUCAGCAUGAUGCAGAAGAGGAAGUUCGAAGAUCUCGAGGAGGGAACGGGCAGCGACAACCGCUCGAACUCGGAGCACAGCGAGCAGCCCAAGGACAAGCGUUUACGUACGACGAUACUUCCGGAACAAUUGGACUAUCUUUAUCAAAAAUACCAGAUCGAAUCUAAUCCAUCGAGGAAGAUGCUGGAGACCAUCGCUCGUGAGGUUGGCUUGAAAAAGCGUGUGGUGCAGGUAUGGUUUCAGAACACCCGCGCACGCGAGCGUAAGGGCCAAUUUCGCGCUCACAGCCAAGUUAUCAAUAAGCGCUGCCCGUUCUGCCCGGCGCUAUUCAAAGUCAAAUCCGCUUUGGAAUCUCAUCUUAGCAGCAAACACGCCGACCAGGUGGCUCGCGGCGAAGUGAACAUAGACAACAUCCCGGAUGAAGAGCUCUCGAUGGAGUCCGUUCCUUCGAAUUCUAGCACUCCGCACAUGAUGCCACCGUUGUUUCCGCCUAUCAACAACAGCGACAUGGAGGCAUCCUUGAAAUCCUUGAAAUACUACGAGGACAUGAAACGAUACUUCAGCGAGUUGGCGCACGCCAGUAACGGAAAGCAAGAAACGGCGAAUCAUCAGGCCAGCGGAAACAGCGGCGAGUCACCGUUGGAUCUGAGCAAACCAGUCGAUCUCAGCCGGCCGGUGAAACUGUGUUUGAGCAACAUCAGCAGCCUUCUCGAGGAGCAACACGGCGUCCACUUCCGCGGCGGCAGUGACUGCGGACCUCUGACUGACUUAUCCGAACGUAGCGUCUGCGACGACGACAGCAUGAGCGAGACCACGGAGUUUCUAGAUGACGAGAGCGGCCCGGCGAGCCCGGCCUCGAGCACACAGAGCUCGAGGCAGGGACCCGCCAGUGGAAGUACCGGGAACACGCCGGGGCCGCCAGUGACCGGUGGACAAUCCGGCGGGAAUACUGGCCAAUCCGGCGGCAAGCGAUAUCGCACGCAGAUGUCGGCCACUCAGGUGAAGGUGAUGAAGUCGCUCUUCUCGGACUACAAGACGCCGACGAUGGCUGAAUGCGAGAUGCUCGGCCGUGAGAUCGGCCUUCCGAAGCGGGUGGUCCAGGUGUGGUUCCAGAAUGCCCGCGCUAAGGAGAAGAAGGCUAGAUUGGCGGCUGGUCUGCCGGCCGAGGGCUCGGCCGUUCAACCGCAUCGCGGACCGACCGGACCGGACGAGUGCAGACUGUGCUCUGUACGCUACUCAGCCAAGACACCGCUGCAGGAGCAUGUUUUCUCGCGGCGACACAUCGAGUCGGUGCGCAUGGCCGUCGAGGAGGGCAGCUUGGUGCCGCCGACCCCCGGGGCGCCGAUCGUGCCGCCUAUCACCAAUGCCGCCGGCGUGCCCGGUAUCGGCAAUUCGCCGGUGGUCGCCACGGCCAGCCAGCAAGUCAACCAGCAGCAGCAGCAGCAGCAGCAGCAGCAGUCGGACGAAAACAUGAUGUACGGAUCCGUGUUCCUUCAUCCCACGGCAAUGUUCCAGUCACAGCAGCAGCAGCAGCAGCAGCAACAGCAGCAGCAGCAGCAUCCCGCCGCCGCUACGGCCAGCGCAGCUAGUACUACGGCCGUAGCGGCUGCGGGCUUGAGCGGUGGUCUACUCGGGAACGCUAUGAUGCCGCUGAACGUGGAGGGUGGCGCACAGGUGCAGGUGCCGCGGGCCCUGAUGCAGGCGUUCCUCCAGCAAGAUCCGAAUCAUCCGGGCCUGGAGACGGUCCGUCUGCCGGCCCUGCCGUGCGGCGCCGACGAGAACGGGCCGCCCCAGCAUUGUCGCGAGGUGGAGACCGAACUGUGCCUCGUCUGUCGCCGUUGCGGUCGCGCGUACCCGCAGGAGUCGUCGCUGCUGGCGCACCAGCGGUCCUGCUACCUGGGCAAUCAGCAGCGUCGCGGCGCCCUGCGUCUCGUGCAGGCGCGUUACGCCUGCUCGUUGUGCGAGCCCGUCGGCAUGUCGACGCGCACCUACGCCACCGUGAGCGAGUGGCGUCGCCACGCCGAAACGCUGCAGCACCGGGCGCGUCUGGAGGCCGCCCAAGAGCGCCAGCAGCAGCAGCAGCAACAGCAACAACAACAAUACGACAGCGGCGCGCAAUCCGGCGAAGAAACGAACCCGCUGACCGACGAAAUGGAGGACGUCGUCAAUCAGAUCACCCUAUUGGCGGCUCGCGCGGCCGCCGAGAGCACGACUGGUCAGCCGCAGGCCAGUGACAGGGUCGGCAGUCAGGACAACAACAAUGGACCCGACGCCAAGCGACAAAAGCUGGUGCAGGAGGUCACCGCCCUUGCCGGUGCACGUUAA